AUGAAUUCGGAAGAACCAGUCGAUUUCUGCCCCUACCGGCAGAACCUUGAUUGGAACCAUGUCCAAACCCAAGACUUCUCCAACGUCAAGUAUUUCCAACCAUCAGAUUCAGAGCUGGAAAAUGACGGCGACGUGUAUGCCAAUGGCGUGACGUAUCCCUCACAGCCUGCACAGGCCAGCAGCAGCAGUAAAAAGAGCAAAAAGAAGGCAAAGAAGGACAAGAAGGCAACACAAUACAUUUAUGAGGAGCCACCGGCUGCCGCCCCUGAGCUCCCCACGCCUGAACUGCCACAAGAAAACGGCAUAGCCGAAGACGAGUGGCCGACACAAUCUUUAAAAAAGGACAAGAAGAAGAAGAAGAAGGGCAAAAAGGAGGAAACUGCUGCACCUCCGCCACCGCCGCCCGUAGAAGCCGAGCCCGAACCGGAACCUGAGCUUGAACCGGAGCCCGAGCCCGAGCCUGAGCCUACGCCUGAACCGAUAAAAGAGAAAGAGAUCUUUCCAGAGGAGGCUCCUGUGUCUCCGACGAAGACGAAGGAAUCCUCCAAAAAGGACAAGGACAAGGACAAGAAGAAAGACAAGAAGAAGAAAAAGAAGGGCAAAGGCGGAAAAGACGCCGAACCAGAGCCGGUCGAGAGCUCAAGAUCGAUCCCCCCUCCGCCGCCGCCACUCCCGGUAGAGGACGCCAAGCCGCCAAAGAUGGAGGAUGUCCCAGCUCCGCCUCCGACAGCCGUCAUCGAGGCCAAAGAAGAAACGCCGGCUGCCGAAGCUGAUCUUGAGCCAGUUGCUGAGCACAGUCUUGACGACGCCAAAGUUGAUGACAAGUUGUCUACGGAAAUAUCGCCAGACGCUGCCGAAGCCAUUGCAGAGGCAACGGAGUCUGCGGCUGUAGACACUGCUCCCGCCGAAGCUCCCGCCGAAGCUCCUGUGGAAGCGCCGACAGAAGACAGCCAAGAUAACGCAGUAGAUCCACCGGCAGAAGCGAAUCCACUGGCAACAGAAGCUACACCUGAGGCUCUCAGUGAGGAGGUUGCAGCCGAUGAACCUUCUACAAUUGAAGCAGAGCCUGUUCCAGCGGAACCUCAAACUGACGACACACCAAUUGCCGAAGCUGUUCCCGAGGCCCCUGAGGCCCAGGCUGAAGGCGAAGCUGACAAGGAAGCGGACGACAAGCCUGAAGACGCAACUCUUGCCGACGCAUCUGCUGACGCAGUCCCCGAAACAGCCGCAGAGACACCUACAGAGGAAAAGUCCGACGAGUCCGCACCUACACCAGACGAUGCUGGACCGGUGACUGACGAAGUCAAGUCUGAGGAGUCGACAGUCCCGGAUCCAACCCCUGACGCGCCCGCUGAUGCAGAGCCUGAGACUGCUACACCAGCUGAGGAGUCCGCUAGCGAACCUCCAGCUGAGCCUGCAUCGGAAGAGACUGCACCUGUUACGGAUGCUGCGGUUGAUGCCCCAGUCGAAGCCGAGUCUGGAGACGCUGCUCCUGUCGAGGAAAUGGCAACUGACGAUGCUACUGCUAAGUCAAAGCUUGUCGAUUCCGCGCCAGCACCGGAAGAGACUGCAGCCCCUGAGGAGUCAGCUACCCAAGCUCCAGUUGAAGAGAAGCCGGAGAUUUCUACCCCUGCGGAUGAGCCCGCCAUUGAGACUUCCCAAGAGCCAAAGCCAGAAGAUGCUCCCCCUGUAGAGCCUGCGGCCGAAGCUCCCGCUGACGCCGAACCUGCUGCUGAAGCAGCGGAGGAGGCUAAGCCUGAUGACGCUGCCGCUGCAGAUGAGUCUGCUGUCGAUGCUCCUGCCGAUGCUCCUGCCGAUGCCCCGGCUGACGCCUUGGCCGAAGAAUCCGCGCCCGCAGAAGAACCUGCUGCGGCCGAAGUCAAGUCUGAAGAUCCCGCUCCUGAGGAGGCACCUGCAGAGGUUUCGCCUGAGGAUCCCCUCGGUCCUGCUACUCCUGCGGCCGAAGAAACUUCUGAGGCCAAGACUAAGGAUGCUACUCCUGCCGAAGCACCGGAUGCUGAAGCUGUUGCUGGCGAGGCAUCUGAUGAACCAGCUCCAGCUGAGACCUCAAGCGAGCCCUUGGUUGAGGCAGCGGAAAAGCCGACCUCCGAGGAACCAACGCCGGAAGAAGCAUCGACGACUGCAACUGCCGACACCGAGGCAAGUGCUGAGACAGAGGCAUCUUCAGCUCCUUCUGAGGUCGCUAAAGAGGCCGAUACAGUCGAGCCUGGACCGGCUGAGGUGGAUACCGCCGACACUCCGGCGGAGGUAGCUGCUGAGACUCCGGCAGCUGAAGAAGCAGUGUCAUCGGAAGAGACCCCCGCUGAAGCUGCGGCCGAGACACCAGCUGUAGAGGAUGCAACCAAUGUCGCAGUCGCCGAGACAGAUGCCCCCACAGAUGAUGCUGCGACGCCGGAAGAGGCCGAACCAGCUCCCGUCGCCUCAGAUGAAGCACCAGUGCCUGAUGCUCCGGCUGGCGCACCCGACCCUGUAGAGGUCCCGACUGAGACAACUGAUGCUCCAGCUGAAGUAGGUGACAGCGAAAAAUCUACUCCGGCUGAGCCCGCCGAGGUCAAGGAAGAGGCAGCACCUGCUGAGGCCGAACCUGUGGCUAUACCAGAGGAUGCGACGACCGCUGAUGCAGCUGCUGAAGAGUCCAAGCCUGACGACGCCGCAACGGAGGCAGAACCAGCAGCACCACAAGAAGAGACUGCUCCGACUAGUGAAGAUGCGCCAGCUUCUGCUGAUGCUAAUGACAAGCCCGUCGAGCCAGUCACUGCGGCCGAGCCGACCGAGGAGCAGUCUGCCGCUGAAGAUAAGGGAGCCAAUUCGGUGACUCAGCCGGCAGAGACCGAGCCCGAGCCCGCGGUCGCUGAGGCGGCCGAGGCAUCAGUCGAAGCUGCCGCUGAUCCUGCGGAAGCUCCUGAGCCUGCCGCUGAGACAGCAAAUGCCGACGACGGCCAGCCUCCUAAGGAAUCUGAACCCGAAGCUAACACCGGAGGCUCCAAGGAGGUUGAAGCUGAGCCUUCGACGGAGGUUGCGGAGAGCGCUGAACCUGAACCUCCCAAAGAGUCAGAGCCUGAGGCCGCGGCUGAUGCCACACUCGAUUCUCCGAAGCCAGUCGAGGCAGCCACCGACGAGACCGAAGAGCCUGAGUCAGCACCUGCCCAGGAGGAUGCAUCUCCCGCUCCCAAGGAAGAGGACAGCCCUCCUGCAGAAGCUGAGGCGGAGGCUACCAAGGCAGAAGAAGUUGGAGUUGCAAGCGUUGAGCCAGAUGCUUCUGAGCCAGUCGAGGCUGAAGCUGAAGCUCCUAAAGAGGCUAUUGUUGAAGCCGCGGCAGAGGAUGCUGCCGUAGAUGAGCCUGCCGUGGCUCCUGAGGUUGAUACUACGGAGAAGCCUGCUAUGGAAGCUGCGGCAGAGGUUGAGGCUCCUGUAGGCGCGGCUCCCGAGGCUGCUUCUGAGAGUACUUCUGAAGCCGCUCCUGAGACUUCUCCCGAGGAUGCUCCUGAAGUCACUCCUGAGACUGCUCCUGAGGCUGCUCCUGAGGCUGCUCCUGAAGCUGAAACCGAGGCAGCGACAGCUGUAGUUGAAGCUGAUGCUACCAAGGACGCUGAAGCUGAAGCUGCUGCCGAGCCUGAUACUGCUCCUGAGGCUACACCCGCCGAAGCCGAGCCCACUGCAGCCGAGCCCGAGAUAUCGAAAGAGGACGAAGCUGCCGCCAUACCAAAGGAUAGCCCAGAGGAUGCUUCAGAAGUCCCCAAGGAAACUGAAGCUGGGACCCCAGAUGCCACUGCCGCUGACGCAUCCGAGAAGGCCGCCGCCACAGACGACGUAGUUGUCUCAACUGAAGGUAUGGACGGAUACGAAAUCAUCAGUGACGGCAAAGAAUUCAGUUUCACCGUGGCCAUUCUCUCCCCAGGGACCAAGGAUACUAAAGAAGAAAUAGAACCUGCCACUGAGGCCGAAGCCACGCCCGAGGAUACCAAGGCUGAAGAAACAAUUUCCGAUCCCGCCCCAGAGGAGCCGAUUACCGCUGCCGCUGAAGUGAAGACCGAGCCAGAAGCUCCCGAGGAGACCCCGGCCGAAACGCCUGCCGAGGUUACUGAGCCCGAAGCCAACCCUGAGGAGUCCAAGACCGAAGCCACCGAGACUGAAGUUGCGCCUGAGCCCGAGGCCGCCGCAGAAACUGCCGUUGCGGAGCCAGAGGCACCUGCCGCUGCUGAGGAUCCCAAGCCUGAGCCCGCUGCUGAGGCAGAACCGGAGUCGACACCCGAGACCAACGACGAAGUCACAACUGCGGACCCGGUCCCAGACGCCAAGGAACCUGAACUGGAGACGACUCCAGAUGCACAAGCAGAGCCGUCAAAUGAGGAAGCUCCAGGGCCCGAGGCCGAGACUGCUUCCGCCCCUCCUGCUCCUGCCCCAGAAGAACCUGUUCCAGAGAAGGCUGCAGAGGCCGUCGAAGAUGCUGGCGAGGCGCCUCCUGAGGCUGAUGCUGCUGCUACUACUACUCUCGAGCCCGAGGUUCAACCUGAUGAGGCAGCAGCGGCCGAAGUCGAGGAGCCUACGCCCGAAGCAGCGGCUUCCGUAGAUGACAACGAAUCAGCCGCCAAGGUCGAGGGGGAUGCUGAGAUUAAGGAUCCUGAGCCCGAAGCGCCAGCAGCAGAGCCUGAAGUCGAGACGGCGCCAGCUGAGGCAGCCCUUGCGGCCGAGGAAACCAACGAGCCCGAAGGAGAAGCUGUCCCUGAAGCUUCCUCUGAGGCGAAGGAGGUCGAUCCUGCUGCUGAGCCUACCCCUGAAGCUGAGCCCGCUGCUGAAGCUGAGCCUACUGCCGAAUCUAAAGACGAGCCCGAGGCCGACGCGUUCGUCGUUGCCGAGGCAGAGGAGGCAGUGCCUGUUCCAGAGACUGUAGCUGAGGAAGUCAAGGAGGCUGAUGUUGAGCCUGCCGCUGAGCCAGCUUCUGACGUUAAAGAGGCAGAACCCGAGACAGGUGCUGUUACUGAAGCGGACGUCAAGGAACUUGAAGGUGAGGCUGCGGCUGAGACUGUUCCUGAGGUUGAGGUUGCUGCUGAGGCAGAGGUGGCUCCUGAAGCGGAAGCUGCUAUUGAAACUCAGGAGUCCGCACCUGAACCUCCGGCUGAGGCAGUGGUUGAGGAACCCGUGUCUGCCCCCGUUUCCCCUGCCGAGGAUGCUGAAGCACCCGCAGCUGAGGUCGACGUGGCAGAAGCCAAAGAAGCAGAGCCCGCGGCUGAGGCGGAACCUACUGCGGACGCCGUUGAUCUUGCUCCUGCUCCUGAGUCGAAUGAGCCUGAGCCUGAACCGGAACCCACUCCAGCCGAUGCUGCUGCUCCGGCUGAAGACGCUACCGAUGUCAAGGACACGGCUCCAGAGCCGGAGGCGCCAGCAGCGACCGAAGAAGCCAAAGAACCCGAAGCCGCUGCUGUGGAAGUUGCCGCUGCAGAAGUCAACGACCCCGAGCCUCAGACCGAGGUUGUCGAGGAGGCCACGGACGCUGCCGCUGAGUUGCCUGCCGUCCCGAUUGAGACCGCUUUAGAGGCCGAAGAGGCCCAACCCGAUCCGCCCGCCGAGGCGGAGCCUGCACCCGAAGUCAAGGAGGCGGAGCCGGAACCGGCGUCUGAGCCAGCUGCGGAAGAGACCAAGGAGCCUGAACUCGCCGAAGCUCUCGCGGAGGCGAAUCACGCUGCCGCAGUAGAAGGAACGCCGGCACCGGAACCUGAGUCUGCUCAGGAGACCGAGACCCCCGAAACAGAUCCCGCGGCUGAACCGGUUGAAGAGCCUACGCCUGCUGAGGAACCUGCCCCGGCCGAAGAGUCUGCACCAGCGGAAGAAUCCGUAUCAACUGAGGAGCCCGCGGCGGCUGAGGAGCCUGCUCCUGCCGAAGAACCUGCUCCCGUAAAGACAGAAGCGCCCGCGGAGCCGGAAGCAGCUGCAGAAGUUGCUGUUGAGGAACCUGCGCCAGUCGAGGAGCCUGCUUCAGCACCAGAAGCACCUGCUGAGCCAGAAGCACCCGUUGAGCCAGAGGAGCCUGCUGCUCCAGUUGAAGAAGCUGCUGCCGCCGAGCCGGAACCAGCAGCCGAACCAGUCGAGGAGCCUGCCCCUGCCGAGCCAGAGCCACCAGUCGAAGCAGAUGUUGACGCACCCGCGACAGCGGAAACUGAAGACCACGCAGUAGAAACUGCAGCGGCUGCGGUGGCAGCGGCAGCAGUAGCCACGGGAGCGGCGGUGGUGGUGGCAGCAGAUAAUGAACAGACGCGGUCUGUGGAUGCUGAGGAAAGCAAGGAUAGAGUGGGGCCAAUUGCCUCUGAUACGAGAGAGGCAGAGAAAUCAGGUGAGAAUUCCCCUCCUUCCCCUAAUCCCGAUUCCCCCAAUGGAGAGGCACGGGAAGGACAGGAUGGCCAAGAUCCCGAGAACGUCGAACCGGAACCCGUCGCGGAGCCUGCCGAGGACACCGCCCCGGAGCCGGAAUCCAAGGAACCUGUCGAGGAGAACGAGACAGCAAUGCCUGCGGAAGCUACGGAAGGAGACGCCACGGAAGAGCCCACUGCGGAGGUUCCGGAAAGCCAAGAUGCGAUCAACGAAGAGCCUGCUGUUGAGGAAGCCGCCUUGCCACCCUCAGACGAGCCUCCAUCUGCUACUGAUGAAGCGUCGCCACCGUCUGUCGAGGAGCCUUCUGUCGAAGAGACCGAGUCGCCAGCUCAAGACAACACCGAAGUCGCCGCAGAUGAAGCGCCCACUGAGCUGCCCUCGGAGGAGCCCGUCCUCGAAGAUACCCCUGUCGAGGUCGAGCCCGCUGAAACAGCAUCGGACGAACCGGCGGCCGCAGAAGAGGCAGGCUCAACCGAACCUCCCUCCGACGAGACCACCUCAGCUGAGCCUUCGCCAGAGGAUGCAGUCGCUGAGGAACCUGUUCCAGAAGAAGCUUCACCCGAAGAGCCUGCAGCUACAGUAGAAGAUUCGGCCGUGGACGAGCCGGGUCUUGAGGAGCCUCCUGCAUCUGAGAAUACUCUCGAGGCAACAGCAAAGGAGCCUGAGACUAUCGAAGCUACCCCCGAAGAAGCCGCUGCACCUGAGGAUGCCUCUCCCGAAGAGCCUGAGCAAGUCGAAGAUGCAUCAGCAGAGAUUGAUGCCGCUCCCGAAGAGGUUUCAGCAGAUGCAGUGCCUGAAGAGCCAGCAGCAGAGGAAGCUUUGACAGAAGAAUCAGACCAAGCGCUAGAGACUCCAGCCGACUCUACUCCCGAAGAGGCAAAUUCGGAGGAGCCCAUCGCUGAGCCUGUCGCUGAGCCCGUUGAUGAACCCGCAACCGAGCCUGCAACCGAGCCUGUACCAGAAGUUGUCUCCGAAGAGCCCAUCGUGGAGGAUGCCCCUCCUGAAGAGUCGACACCUGAGCCUGCCCCUGAGGGGACACCUCUGGAUGGAGCUGCUCCUGAAGCCACACUAGAAGACGCCGCAGCGGCCGAGAUACCUCCUGAGGACGCCAUUUCUGAAGAGCCUUCUCCUGAGGAGCCUGCCUCUGAAGCGACUGCUCCCGAAGAGCCCGCCCUCGAAGAGCCUGCCCCCGAAGAAGCUGCUCCUGAAGAAGCCCUUGCCGAGCCCGUAGAAGAAGCUACCCCUGAGGAGCUUGUCCCCGAAGAGCCUACUCCUGAAGCUGCUCCUGAGGAGGCUGUCUCUGAAGAAGUCGCCCCCGAAGAGCCCACCUCAGAAGCUCCCGUCAAGUCCGACGACGCUCCUGAAGACGCUCCUGAAGAGGAACCUGCAGAGGAACCUGCAGAGGAACCUGCAGAGCCCGAAGCAGUUGAGGAGGCAUCUCCAGAGGUGGACGCCAAUGGGCACGAAGAAGCAGUACAGACGCCAGAUAACAACGCGGAGCUUGCUGAUAGCGACGAGUUGAUUGACAAGGACUCACUCAAUGCUGGAGCCGCCGCCGCUGGUGUUGCUGCUGCAGCUAGCUUGGUUGCUGCCAAUGCCCUCAAAGACUCAGGCGACGAUGCUACGGCUAGAGAAGCUCCCGAUUCUACUGCAGCAGACGCAAUGUCACGUCGCAGCUCAUCGGACAAAUUGACGCAGACUUUGGAUAAUAUUUCGGCCCUGGACACAAUCACCAUGGUGGACCAAAAGGACUCGGAUGUGGAUGCCAACUUCAGUCCCGUGCAGCGAGACGGAUUCUCGGACUGCGGGACGCAAACCGAUGGCUCAGUAUGGGGCCUCCGGCCCUCGACUCCUGCAGUGGUUCUUCCAGAGCUUUCCAUGUCACCGGCCGCCAAGGAUAGAGCGAGGGCUCUCAGACGACAGCGCAAGGUUUCCAUUAAGCAAGCGGAGGAACUCAUCGCGGCUGCUGUGGUCAUCUACGCCACAGCCGAAACUCUUCGCCCACCAAUGAGCCCAUCAUCUCAGAGCAGCUCGCAACUCAUCAAGGCAAUGCCCAGCUGGGAGAGAAUGGACAUCAAACCGAAAAAGGCCUUUUUCUGGAGGGUUCUACCAGGCCUUCUUUCCAGACGCAGGAGUACUACCACUACGGGAGCGGACAAAACUAGCAGGUUUGAUACUAACUACUUUACAGAGAAGAAGGAAGCAGAGCGCGAGAGGCACCGACGACGACGCCACUCCUCGACUCACCAUCCUGCAUCAUUUUCAAGCCGUAGCCGAGGCGAAGACGAGAGCAGAGAACACGAGAGUAGCAGACGCCACUCGCACACAUCACAUCACUCAAGUCGACGACACCGAACCGACAGCGAGCGAUCUCUCCGAUCCGGCGAAUCUGUCCCUCGAACUCCGCCAGGUCCUAUCAAGAGACAAGACAGCGGUUUCGAAGAGAGCCCUCACCCUCAUUCUCAGUCCCGUCAUCGUAGCGAACGUAGUGAGCGGAGUGGGCGAAGCGAACGCAGCGAGAGGACCGAGAGGACCGAGAGAACUGAGAGAAGCGAGAGAAGCCACCACCACCACCGCAGUCAGCGUACGCCUGAGGAGCAGGCUGCCCAUGAUCGACGCAAAGAGGAGAAACGACUCCGAGACAAGGAGCGCGAACGCGAUCCCGAGCGUGACAGACCGAGAGAUAGGCAUCGCGAAAAGGAACGCGACCGCCAACAUGAGGUCGAACUCGAGAACGAGAGAGAGCAUUCGCGUCGCAAGGGCAAGGAGCCCGAGACCAUUGCCAAACCCGAGGACACUCCCGAACGUAGCCAUCACCGCUCUCGUCGCCACAGUACGUCAGAGCAUCAGCGCCCGCACCGCACCCUCAGCAAGAGACAAUCCAUUGAGCCUACGCCAGAGAAGCCCAGGCGAUUCUUCAGCGUCAGAGGUGAACGCACGACUGGAUCCAAAUUCCCUCCCCAGGACCCCCCGGCGCCAGCCACGCCAAAAGACGACAUGCCAAUGGAUGACGAUGCAGGACGACAAGAGUCUACUCACAUGCGCGAUACCCCCAAGCGAUCAAGCACAACGCGGGAUAAGCAUAGGCACAGAGAUAGGUCCGAAGGCGGAGGCGGCGCCAAAUUGCAAAAGGCUCGCGACGAGGUCGCUGAGGAAGCUCGCAGAGAAGCUCGCAGGACUGCUGAGAAGGCCGAACGGGCUGCCGCAAAAGCAGCUGACCGGACUGAAAGACAUGAAAAAACCGAGAGGCCCGAGAGAGCUGAGAGAUAUGAAAGAUCCGAGAGACCUGAGAGGACUGAGAGGGCUGAUACGGCCGACAAGCCGAGAUCAAAGCACUCGGACGACUCUCGGCGCCGUGCUCGUGAGGAAACCAGGAGGAGGGAUGACGACAAGGCUAGAGAGAAGGAGAAGUCAAAGGGGAUCAAGGGCGUGUUCAAGCGUCUCUUCAACUAA